AUGGCAAACCGCAAGCGCUACGUCCUGCUAGCGCUGGCGAUAAAGUACGGGCCGAAGACGAAGCUAACUCCGCUGGGCGUCUGGAGCGAUAUCGUCGGCCUCAACCUGCACGAUCUGGCUGGGAACUCUACCGACAACAAAAACCAGACCACUGGUAAGCUGAAACUGACCUACAUCUUCCGCAUCGACGCCGACUUCGCCCCCAUGCCAGCCAUUGUCAAACAAGCGCUCAAGAACGCCAAGCCAGCCAAGUUUGGCAGAUGGUCGAGCAGGCUAAACUUCAAAGCUGAUAGUCGAGCGGGCCGGACGAUCGUGGGAAGUACGGUGGGACUUUCGGUGUCGAUGUUGUUGAUUUCGCAUAAGGAGUGGUUUGGUGUGAAACGGGUUAAGAUUGUGACGAUGUUUAAUGAUGAUCAUAGGACCCAGCCGAGAGUUGCUUUUCUCUUUGAAGUUGAGAGUGUGGAUCAGCCGAUGACUGGUCCUGUCGAUUGA